UCGUCUGGCAGAACAGCGGGCAUCGAGUCAACUGGCGGAACAGCGGGCACCGAGUCACUGCAGGCAACGAGUCGACUGGCAAGACUGCGGGCACCGAGUCGUCUGGCAAGACUGCGGGCACCGAGUCAACUGGCGGAACUGCGGGCACCGAGUCAACUGGCGGAACUGCGGGCACCGAGACUGCGGGCACCGAGUCGUCUGGUGGAACAGCGGGCAUCGAGUCACCAGGCAUCAGGUCAUUUGGCUCGCCAGCGGGCACCGCGUCAUCUGGCAAGGCAGUGGGCACCGAGUCACCAGGCACGACAGCGGGCACCGGAUCAGGUACCGGAUCAUAUGGAUCAACAGCGGGCA